CUGGCUGGCUGGGAGAGAGCGGAGUUGUUGUGGAGCGUUGGGUAGCGCCCUGCUGAAAUAGCUCGCUAUUAUUCACGAGGGCGUCGCACAGGACUUGGAUAAAUGCAGUGAUUCACCUCUGAGUUAGUUAUUUCCUCAAACCUCCGUUAAGUACGAUCGUGUCCCGUAUAUUCUGAGAGAAAUGAAUGGUAAAUCAUCGAACAACACAGCAGGCGGAAUGCUGGCCUGUAUUGAGGGACUACCCCCACUGCCGAAGAGCUUAAGCGGCUUGCUGAAUUCAAGCGGCGGCUCUUGGAGAGAAAUGGAAAGGAUGUACGCAAAGAAGACCAUGAUCCAAGACGACCUAAGCCGUGGCCGCAGUAACUCCGACAAUUUGCUGGCAAAUAAACCCGCCAACCUCGAUGCUGCCUUGGCUCUUCUGAGAAAGGAAAUGGUGGGGUUGCGGCAGCAGGAUAUGUCUCUGCUGUGUCAGCUUUGGUCACUCCAUGAGUCCAUCCAAGAGUACAAGGGCAGUUGCCAGGACCUCACAGCCGGAUCAAGUGCCGAUGGACCCUACGAGAAUGGCUAUUUUGACGAGGAGGAGGAGGAAUAUUUCCAGGAUUCAAGCAUAACCCCUACCGAGCAGUCAGAGGAGAAUGAUGCCUCUCCCCAAAAUGGAGCGGACAAGGACAAGUGGCUACAGGACUCCUUUCACAUCACUAUCUGAGCGAUGUGUAACUUCAGAUGUCCAUAAAGUCACCCUUUUAGUGUCAUCUAGCAGCCUAGAAAAAUCAGCUUGGAGCUAGAGCUGAAAUCAACCUGCUCAGUUUAAGAGCGUUUUGUUUUUGGUUGUUUUUCUUUUUUUGUUUUGUUUUUAGGAAAGAGGUGCCUGCAUUUUUUGCUGUCCUCCUUUUCUGCAGACUUUUUUUUAUGAAGUUAUAAAGGAGUAUGAUUAUUUAUUACACAGUAUAUAACAAAAUAGUAUUUCUUUUCCUUGUGUUUUUUUUCUUUUGAAAAGUUCUAUAUAUGUAUAUGUAUGUGGGCUGUGAGUGUGUCUGGCACUCAAGUAUUCACGUUUACAGUACCGGUAUAUCCUAACAGACUCCUUUUCACAAAUGGAUGGCUGUGUGUAUGUGUUACUGUACAACAUCAAUUGGUAGAAGAGAAGUGCCCGGAAGUCUUUGUUUCUAUAUUGUAGAAAACCUCAAUAAGUUAAUCUUGUCAAGGGGUAGUGGGUAAAUAAUAGCAAGUUGUUCUGCAUGGGUGGGUGUAAUGAUAUUGAUGUCAACUAAGGAAGGUGUAAAAUAUAGGCUACGAAAACCCCUGCCAUGUAUUUAAGAAGCCAUUUACACGUAUGUUGAUAUUUUUGAAAACAUUUUCGUUCUGGCCUCUCAUUUAUAUGUAAACAGAGGUUUAGAAAGCGCCUUUUGAAACGCAAUUCUAAUACUCUUGAAAGGGGAUUUGAUAUCCCUUUAAGGGGGCUAAAAUGCACCGGCCACUGGCAUUUCUAUUUUCAUCCUUAUGUCGUGUUAAUACGUAAACGGAUAACAAAUAUCCGUUUUUAAAAAUAUCCACAUAUGUGUAAACGGCUUAGUCAAUAAUUUUCUCUACCAGCUGAUCAAUAAGAGCACAUGGACCAUCAAACAGGUAAAACGGCUAUAUAUCCUGUGCUGUGUGCUGCGGAACCAGCCAAAAGAAAUAUGGUGUCCUUCUUUGGUUGUGGGUAAAUGUGAAAUGAGGAAAAUGCUGGAUCUAAAUAGCGUGAUGUGGAAUCAGGGUACGCACAAGUGUGUUCCUUAACUUCUCCUGUCUUUCAAACUGCUAGGAGUGGCGUUCUUCUCUCAGUGUCAACUCACUAGCCCAUCACUACAUUCCUAUGUUAAAAAGCAUAGCUAUCGAAUAGAACGGAGGAGUGAAAUCAUACAUUCAUGAUGUUUGUGUAGCUCUACUAGUCAUAUCAAUGUAUUGUAUUUUUUUUUUAUUGGCUAAGGCGUAAUUGAAUUCCAUUGAGAACUAAUGCAGGUAUAGUUCCUCUUGCUACGCAAAAUACAAAUAUGCGGUGCUUUAGUUUGUCUUCCACUGACAUCAGAAUUGGUGGCCUAACAAUGCAUCUUAUUUAUUCUCCUCAAAUGGCAUAAAAAUACCUAUCCGUUGAACGACAAAUCUAUGUAAACGCUUACAAGUUUGUUUACACAAACUGCUAAUGUGAAACUGAUUGUAUACAGCCUAUUUAUAUCAAAAUGUCUGACGCAAGUUAAAUUUAAGGUACAAUAACCAAAGAAAUUGUUACUUCUCUUUUGCUGAGGAUUAUUGCUAGAAGCAUAAUUCUGUAUGGUGAACAUAACCUCUAAUGAAUUGUCUGUAAACAUUUCUUCUUAAGUGAUGUUUUUGGCUUUUUUCGUGCAAAAUUAGUCUUGUGCUGUGAUGGACUGUACAUUUUGACAAAGUGGAUUUUUGUAUGGAAAUCAUGGAUGGGCCAUUGGUAGCUUCAUUGGAUAGUUUUGAAAUCUGGUUGGUAGACACUGCUGCAUCUCUAAUCAUUUUUUGUCUCCUUUGCCAUCCUAGGGUUCAGAGGUUUUUUUUAUGUUUCUCUCUCUCUCUCCUUUUUUCCCCCCAACACAGUUAAUUCUCUGAACGGUAAAAAACUUAAUUCUCCCAGUCAAAUAAUGUCACAGGUCUCCUCUUCUCAGAUGUUUCUCUGAGGUAACAUACCCUGGCAAGUUACUGAAAAAAAUGUUUGGAACACCUUCCACGUUAUAGGUUGUACCUCUUACAGCUCUUUCCUAAAUUUCCCCCCUUUUCUUGCUGGAUUUUGGUUGUAUCGGUGAAUGUGGAAUCAGCUGAUGCGCUGGAGCCCUCCCAACAUUGAUGUUUGGACAAAUGUUCUCAUCUUGAAUGAAUGGAUUCCUAGAAUUCUGGGGGAGCUGAGACACAAUAGAUGAGCGGACGAACGGCAAAUUGUUUUUCUGUUGACUUACCCAGCUUUUUGUGUCCCGGGCGACAGAAAUUCUUUCACUCUGUGCCUUUCUAUGGCCAUGGACUAAACCCACGGCCAAUGCUGUUGCUCGCCCCCGUCAAACUCACAGCACUUUUGUAUAACUUGUCGAUCGACGUCAUCUGUUCAUUCAGUGGACCCGCAGAAUGCUGAAAACUGGAAGAGAAGUGUUCUCAGAUGAACCCAAAACAAAUGUAACAAUUCACCAGCAAAAGACUUGUCUUCCUCAAAACAGCUCAGUUUUUGGCUUUGGUGUUUUCGGGGGACAUAAAAAUCUUAAAAGCUGUGGACUUUUCAAUGUCAUUUUUGUUGUAUGACCAGAAUACAGGUUUAUGGUGACCUGUGAGUAAUCAGCUGUGCAUCGUAGUUCAAAUAUAGCAAUAUGAGGUGCAUACGAAUACUUCAGCACUACUACUAUGGGGUAUCCCCUGGUAAGAGUACAGGGGAAAGGCAUUUAUACUUGCAGAAUUUGUAAUGUUGCAGAGCUCUGAUUUGCAAAGCUUGUUACUUCCCAGGCCUUUGAUUCAUUUUGGGUUUCAUUGCAUUCCUCCUAUUUAUUUCUCCUUUAAAGAAUGACCAUGCUACUGUAUGUUUUGUGCGGAAGAUUGUUUUUAUGCUCUCUUGUGAUAAAUAUAAUUAUUAAUUAAAUUGUUUUAUUAAGA